CCCCCCCCUUCUUCUCGCCUCGCUUCUCUCUCUCUGCGCCUUCACACCUCUCCCAUUCUCAGCAAUCGGCCCAAAAUGGCGGGAGCAAUGGAGAAUGCCAAGAAGAACCUACCCAAGAUUCGCGAUGAGGAGCGCGAGGGACGAUUCGGCCGUGUCUUUGGUGUUUCGGGCCCAGUCGUUGUUGCCGAGGACAUGAUUGGAUCUUCCAUGUACGAACUUGUCCGAGUCGGCCACGAAGAGCUCGUUGGUGAGAUCAUUCGUAUCGACGCCGAUAAGGUCACGAUUCAGGUCUACGAGGAGACGAGCGGUGUCAGCGUCGGCGACCCGGUGCUGAGCACGAAGAAGCCUCUGAGUGUCGAGCUGGGCCCCGGUCUGAUGGAGAACAUUUACGAUGGUAUUCAACGUCCGCUGGAGGGCAUCAUGAAGAAGAGCGGCGGUAUUUACAUUCCCCGCGGCAUCAACACCCAGGCACUGGAUCGCUCGCUCCAGUGGGACUUCAACCCGGUCAAGCUCAAGGAGGGCGACCACAUCUCUGGCGGCGACAUCUACGGCUCGGUUUUCGAGAACACCCUUCUCAAUGAUCACAAGAUCAUGCUGCCACCGCGAGCGCGCGGUACAAUCAGCUACCUUGCCGAGAAGGGCAGCUACAACGUCGACGACGUCAUCCUCGAGACGGAGUUCCAAGGCCAAAAGACUAAGCACACUAUGUGCUCCCUCUGGCCCGUCCGAGCUCCCCGACCAGUCGCCGAGAAGCUCACGGCCGAUACGCCGCUGCUCACCGGCCAGCGCAUCCUCGACUCGCUCUUCCCCUGUGUGCAGGGAGGUACGACAGCCAUCCCAGGUGCCUUUGGAUGCGGCAAGACCGUCAUUUCCCAGGCCCUUUCCAAGUACUCGAACUCGGACAUUAUCACCUACGUCGGAUGCGGCGAGCGAGGAAACGAAAUGGCCGAGGUCCUGGCCGAAUUCCCCGAGCUUACGCUGAUGCGCGACGGCAAAGAGCAGCCCAUCAUGAAGCGUACGACGCUCGUCGCAAACACGUCCAACAUGCCCGUCGCAGCCCGCGAGGCGUCCAUCUACACGGGCAUCACCCUCAGCGAGUACUUCCGAGACAUGGGCUACAACGUCGCCAUGAUGGCCGACUCGACGUCCCGGUGGGCCGAGGCUCUCCGUGAGAUUUCUGGUCGUCUGGCCGAGAUGCCAGCCGACUCGGGCUACCCGGCCUACCUUGGUGCCAAGCUCGCCAGCUUCUACGAGCGCGCUGGUAAAGUCACUGCCCUGGGCAGUCCGGAGCGACAGGGAAGUGUCAGCAUCGUGGGUGCCGUCUCGCCGCCCGGAGGUGACUUCUCCGACCCCGUCACGGCAUCCACCCUCGGCAUCGUGGGUGCCUUCUGGGGUCUGGACAAGAAGCUGGCCCAGCGCAAGCACUUUCCCAGUGUCAACUGGGACGUCUCGUACUCCAAGUAUGUCCAGGCCCUGGAGCCUUACUAUGAAGCCAACCACCCAGGCUUUACCUCGCUGCGAUCGACGGCGAAGAGCAUCCUGCAGAAGGACACGGAGCUGGCCGAAAUCGUGCAGCUGGUCGGCAAGAGCGCGCUCGGCGAAAACGACAAGGUGACGCUCGAGGUGGCGGCCAUCAUGAAGAAUGACUUCCUUCAGCAAAACGGUGUGAGCGACUACGACGCCUACUGCCCCCAGUACAAGACGAGCGGCAUGCUCCAGAACAUGAUCACCUUCCACGACCUGGCGCAACAGGCCGCGACAAAUGGCGCUACCUGGGCAAAGAUCAAGGAGCACUGCUCCGACGUCAUUUACAGCCUCACGCAGCAGAAGUUCCACAAUCCAAAGGACGGCGAGGAAGAGGUCGUCAACCGGCUCAACGAGCUCGGGACGCAGGUUGAGGAGUCGUUCCGAAGCCUCCAAGACUAGAAUGCUUUCUCUGAACCCAUAGCAGCAAUAGCAGUAAAGCAGAUUUCAUUCUGGAUGGAUGAUGUUGAUGACGACGACGAUGAUUGAUAAUGGAACUUCUUGCUCUCUGAGUUUUCUUGCCUUUUAAGUGGGCAGAUAGAUGGCUUGCUUCGUAUGAAUGUGUG